AGCAGAAGGUUUUCGGUUUGUAACCGAACACCCGUAAUUUAUGACCUAGGUUAAGUUAUAUAAUGUGAUUAUUUAUAUUUUAAAUAUAAAACAUGGUUCGUGUGGUUUCGUGCCACCAUUUUCUUUCUCAAGAUGUAUUUCUGUCUGAAAAUGAACCAGUUGCCUUUUGUGGAGCACAAGGGAAACUACUUGUAGCCACAACUCAGCAUGCAGUCAAUGUUCAUGAUUUAGAUUCUAGGGGAAAUGUUCUGCACACUUUUCCCACCGUAGAUAUUGUAAAACAAAUAAUAUUUUGCGAAUCUGGUAAUUAUGUUGCAACUAUUGAAAACAAAGCAUCCUGGCAUAGAAGCAUUGUUACAUAUGUACGGAUUUAUUUCAAAUGGUGGAUUGAUGUAAAUGGACAGCCAUUAAAGGUCCGCAUUGCUGGUUCUGCUCCUGUUAGCUGUGAUUCUCAGUCACGGAAUAAGUUAUUUGAAAUGGUUGAGUUACCUUUGGAAAAAACUGCUUUAUGUAUUGCCUGUUGUAAUCAAACAUCAGCUUUAGCUGUUAGUUUGGGAGCUAUCAUAUCUGUUUUCUGUCACAGCUCAAAAAUUCAUGAAGAAUCCAAGCAGACAUUUCAUGAUUUUGAUCAUUUUGUAGAUAUCAGUGUACCAAUAAUAGUUCAAGAAUUAAGUAUAUGUGAGAACUAUUUUUCAUGUAUGUCUGGUAAAGCAGUCCAUGUUUUUAAAAUAGGGUGUGAGAAGGAAGACACUUCUGAAAAUCAGAAUUUUGAAGUAGCCUCAAAUAUAGAAGGAAAUGAUCCAGAUUUAUAUGAUGAAAAUUUUAUUGAAUGGCGAUUUGAAUCAUGUACCCUUAUGAGCUCAAGAGAUAAAAAUUGGGAUGAUCACAUCAGAUCUAAGCUUCAUCCCAAAUCUUUUCCCAUUAAUAUACAUUUUCAUGCCAUUGACAAAGAAAAUGAAAAAUUUAGCAGUACUGAAGAAUGUGAACUCUAUGGACCUCUUUUGACUGUUAGAGGUUGUCCAGUUGAAGUAAGAAUUGAUUCUAAAGUGUUUGAAAUGUUCCCAAAUGCAUCGUCUUAUAUUAGUGCUGUUACUUUACUGUUUAGACAAUUCGUUUCCAAUGAAAAUAAAUGUUUAACUGGACUACAAUUGAUUCCAUUCUAUGAAUCAGAGGAAUUAAAAGGUGAAUUUGCUGAUCCCUUAAAUGCUGCAGCCUUUUCAUCUGAAAAAUGCUUCUAUUCCUUGCCUUGGCCAAAUCUUUCUGCAUCAGUUUCUAAACUUAGAGCUAUCGGCUGCUUUUUUUCAACUUUUCAGGAAGGCUUUUUAUAUGACAUUACAAAUGAAAUUCAUCUAGUCGGUUCUUAUGCUUAUACUUCUUCUCUGAAGGGUGUUGUUCUAGAAACGUCUUUAUUACAUGCACUAACUGAGACAGGUCUGGAAACAUAUACUAUGCAUCUGCCUCAUUCAGCACUGCAUCAUAUUGAAACUGUAGAUGGAAUAAAAAAUGUACUACCAAAUUAUGAAGAUUCUGUCUGCCUUAUGGGAUUACGUCCUUUUCUAGGAGUAGAUCAUUUAGUGAUGUCUGAGAAUUAUUUAAUACUUGUUUCAUCUCUAGAAGACUCAGUUUCGAAUUCAGAAGUGGAUGGUGGAAACAAAUCUACUCUGUAUUCCCUUAAGAAACCAGUUGCUGUUCAAGUUUUUUCUGAUUUGUUGGAAGUUGCAGAGAGCCAUAAAACUUCAAGCCCAGGUACAUAUUAUAACCUUCUAAGCGAAGCUCAUAUGAUUUUAAGAGCAGAGCUUUUUCUAAAAAAAUUCAGAGACAAAGAAAUUGAAACAUUAUUCAGGAAAUCAUGUUUAUUAUUGGCCGAUUAUUUUCUGUUCUCAGAUUCUGCACACAAACUGAAUGCUAUACCUUAUUACCAUUUAUCAAACCUGACACCUGAAAGUGUAGUUCAACGAAUUUUAGAUUAUCGUCAUCAGGCAAAACAUGCUGAUAUAUUGCUGCCUUUUAUUCAUUACCUAAAUUCUGUUCUCUUUGAAGAGCGCAUUUUUGAGUUUUCUCAGGCACAAGCAGAUGCCAUUAUAUCUACAUAUUCAGAAGAAGCCCCAGACAGCUUGUGGAAAGUAAUUUUAUGUUCCAGUUUAACUGGAUAUAAAAUUGACAAAGUCAUUUUGAUGUUGAAACGAAGACUGACAAGUAAACGACAUCCACUGAGUCCUGUUAGUAGUGCUGCUGAUACAACAGCAUUAGUUCGACUUCUGAUACAAAAAGGAAAUUUUGAUGCUGCGCAAAGUAUGUUUUUAUCACUUGCGAAGGUAAGACAUUUAGAUCUGUAGUUAACUGUCCAUUUA